CUAUUUCUCACUUCGCUUAGUUACUUGCGAGCAAAGCGCGGAGCCCAUCCACAAUGGCAAAGGUCGUAGCGCGUCUAACGGUUAAAACUAGUGCAUUUUUAACACAACAACAAAGUGCGACAGUGUAUAAAUCAUGCUUUCGUAGUGUCAGCACUGGAUUUGCAAAUAAAUACCAACCAAGGAAUAACACACGACGUCUACUUGUACUAGUGGGCGGCAGUUUCGUCUCCUUAGCGGCACUGACUGCACUUAUUCGCCUGCGAAGCGCCGCAAACACAGCAAAUGCAAUGCGAAAGAAGAGUCUGCAUCGCGAUGACACCGAUCUGGAGAACGUUAAACUAACCGCACGCGAGCGACGCUUCAUUAAGUUCGCUUCCGUGGAGUACGAGAAUCAGCUGUACAUGACACCACAAGAUUUUCUGGAAUCUGUCGUCGAGCAGGAGCCCAGGCCUCGACUCAAGCGACGCGUGCUGAGCACCGAUGAAGUGGAAAAAUACAAGGAUCAUACGCCAGCUAUCAAGAAAGGCUCCUCACAUCUCUUUCGCAAUCUCAGGGACAAGGGCAUUGUUUCCUACACGGAAUACUUGUUUCUGCUCUCCGUUCUAACCAAACCCAAGUCCGGCUUUCGCAUUGCCUUCAACAUGUUCGAUACGGACGGCAAUCAGCGAGUGGAUAAGGCCGAAUUUCUAGUCAUUAUUGCCAUUUUGGCUGGCGCUAUCAAGUCCAUACAAGAUGUGGAACCAAAAACCAAAGAGCUUCUACGGCGCUUAGUACCCUUUGAUGAGAAACCAGUUUUGAAAAAUUUGCCUACUUCACGACCCAGGGGUCUUAUGGAGCGCAUAUUUAGCGGCGCUUGGAAAGAAAAACACGGCGAGCAGACGCUAGAAGAGUACGAUUCCGAUUCCGAUUCCAAUGAAAGAGAAGAAACUGCGAUCGAGCGGGAUUAUGUGGAUGAUGUUGAGGGACUACAGCGACGCCAUAUGGUGCCCACCACUCUGCAGCUGCAUCUGUUUGGCAAGCGCGGCACCGGAGUCAUCACCUACGAUCAUUUCUACCGUUUCAUGGACAAUCUGCAGACCGAAGUGCUGGAACUGGAGUUCAAUGAGUUCUCCAAGGGUCAAAGCUUUAUAACGGAGCUAGAUUUCGCCAAGAUCUUGCUGCGCUACACUUAUCUGGCCACGGACGAGUACGAUGUGUUUUUGGAGCGUUUGCUACAGCGCGUCAAGGAUGAAAAGGGCAUUUCCUUCAAUGAUUUUCGAGACUUCUGUCAUUUUCUGAAUAAUCUCGAUGAUUUUACAAUUGCUAUGCGUAUGUACACACUGGCUGAUCGGUCCAUAUCCAAGGAUGAAUUUGCGCGCGCUGCCAAGAUCUGUACGGGAUAUAGCCUCAGCGAGCACUUGAUUGAUACGGUCUUUGCCAUAUUCGAUGCGGAUGGCGAUGGCCUGCUGCACUAUAAGGAGUUCAUAGCCAUCAUGAAGGAUCGCUUGCAUCGCGGCUUCAGAGUAAGUGGUCGUUUCUUUGAUUACAAUGAGGCACUGGAUGCAUACGAUGAUCCCGAGUAUCCCAUGUUCCAAGCCUGGCGCCACAGUCUCUGUCGCCAAUUGGACUACUACAUUGACAGCGAUGCUCUUUGGCACUAAUCUAAAACAGCUUUUGUUCUCGUUAUCGCUUAUGUAUGUGUGUGUGCGUGUGUGUCUGUCUGUCUCUCGCAUCUGUGAGUGUGUUUAAUUUUAGCUCUAAUCAUUAUUUGUGCUUAAGCUUAAAUGUUCCUUAUUUAUCACUGUUCAGUUAAUAUUUUAAUUUGUAUUGUCACCAGUUGUUUAACGACUCAAUUGGAUUAAAGACUUAUU